AUGACAUUGCGUCCCGCCCAAACCUGGUCCCCAUCAUUCAACGACAUGCAGCCAAAUCCCUCCUCACCUUUCAGCACUCCUACCCUCCAAAUCCUCGAUAUCCCUUUGAAUUCUCAAGAAAUGCACUAUAGAGAAAUCUGCGGCAUGUUAAAAUAUACCCAAGACAACACGAGACAAGUCACGAAAGACAAGAAGAAAUACUCUCGAGAACUCCAUGUCGCAUUGAUGAGAUUAGACGUGGGAGGAGGAAAGGGAAGAGAUGGAAGAGAAAGAAUGAGGAAAGUGGCUGUGUUGCGAAAAGUAGUACGGUCACAUCAGGAUUAUAAGAAGAAUUUGAGGGCCUGUGAGGGUGUGUUGUGGAGGAAGGAAAAUGAGUUGAAGAGAGCGUUGAGGUUGCAGGUGAGGGAGAAUGGGAAUGCGGAUUAUUAUGAGGGGAGAAAUUGGUGGUUUGUGGCGGGGGAAGAGGAAAGUGAUGAAGAGGAUGAAGAGGAUGAUGAGGAUGAAGAGAAUGAUGAGGAUGAUGAGGAUUUGGAUAUGGAAAUGGAAGGAUGA